CUCGGCUUCAACUUGGCCAAAGAAACGCGGCUCACUCGACUGACUCGCACUCCAUCCACUCACUACUUUCUUUUGACACCCUUGACGCUAUAAGGCACCCCUUUGCGAGCCCAACCCGUGGAUUAUCUAUUAAAAUUUACCAUCCUCAGCUCGUCUGCACGUUUCCGACCGCUCAUGACCGAAAAUAUCCCGCCCGCAACCGCUGCUGGCGGGAAGUCCACCCCAGCAGGUUCUGGGCCGGAACAAAUACAGAAUCGCGGGAUCCCAUAUUACGAGAAGCUGAGACGCGAACUGAGAGAGACAAUACAAAAAAAGCGGCUAAUGGAUAAGAAUAUGGCUGCUCUAGAAGAAUCCAUAUACCGCUUCGAGCAAUCGUACCUCGAAGAAACCGGUGCCGGAAACAUAAUUAAAGGCUUCGACAAUUACAUAAAGGGCUCCUCUGGCGUAUCUGGGUUAGGAUUGGGGGGCAGUCUUGGAUCGAUGACUGGUUGUAGCGGCACAGGCGGCCCAGCCACCCGCAGAAAAACAGCGGUGCAAGAUAGUGACCGGGUGUUCUCGAGGAGUUCGGCGAGUUUUAUGCGGGACUCCCCCGCCCCCUCCAGCGCAAACACAACCCCAUCCCACGCCCCAACACCCACCUCCGCCUCCAUGCCGGGCUUCAACAGAGAUAACAGCAAUACCAGCACUGUGAAUAACAACAACAACAACAACAAUAGCAACAUGUCGGCUGCCAGCAGCGUGAAGGCGAGCACGAAUAAGAAGAAGAAGGCAUCCGCGGCUGCGAAUACGAAUACUAACGCAAAGGCCAGCGGCGGCAGCGCCAACGCCAACAAUACAAGUACGGAUGCGAAUGCUGAUGCGGGCUCGGGUGGGAGGGGAAGGGAAAGGGAUGGCGACGAUGAUGCUGAGUCGGGGGGUAAUAAGCAGCCGGUGAAGAGGCUGAAGAUUACGUAUGGGAGGGAGUGAAGGGGUUGAUGCAGUACAUUUUAGAGCAUUCUCCCUACUUCCUAUUUCGUGUCGUUGGUUCGUUCCGGGCUUCGUUAUUGUCGGGAGUUUAAUUUUCAGGGAUGCCACUGGGACUGGCUUUGCGUGGGCUGGGCUGCGGGCUGGGCUGCGGGAGCAGGGGCGUUGGGAUCAUAUAUGUAUGUGCCUUUUCCUGCAGGCUUCUUUUUAUGGGCAAUUUUGGGCGAACUGGUUAACUAGACUAGCGGGGCGGCGGGACAAAAUAUUUAAGCGAAGGGAGGUAAUUGCGAAAGAAAGAAUUUUCAAAUCAUCAAAGACGAAGGAUCGAUAUUGCUUGAUAGUAAUAAUACACGGGACUAUUGGCAUGCCUCCUAAAAUGCCUUGAAUGAAACUCUACACAAUCAUCGCGCCUGGCAUUCUCCCGCCAACUCCUUCGCGUUCCGUUCGGAAUCGCGGUUGUCCGGCGGUACCACCGGCGGCCGCAUUUUGAUAUGACAGAAAUGAUACCGAUCUAUCUUCUCCAUUUUGCACUCUCGUUUGUCUCAUUCCCUCAUGGCGCAAUGACCAUAUAUAGAUACCUAGGUGACUCAAUUGCCCUGCCUAUUCCCCUCGAGUUUCCUUCUGCGCGUGUGCGGCUGUGCGUGUCUGCUUCAGCAGCUGAUUUUUCAAGUACACCUAUAUCGGGGGUUGUCUCUCUACCACGCAAGCGUACGCUUCUGUUCCAAUAAGACAGCAGCACAUUCAUUAGGUAUAUUUCCUUCAAGUCAAGGGCCUGCAACUAUUUUGUGCAUAGAGGUGCCAAGUAAAGAGACAGGAGCCGCAAAUGGAACAUCAAACAUCAAACAUAAAAAAAAGCAAGACAAGAAGAAGGACCCGGAAACCCCAAUAAGAUACAAUCCAAGUCCCAUUUCAUCCUAUUCAUGAAAGCCAGUCGUACAAUUAAUUAUCAAAUGGACGGUUCACAACUACCAGGACCGCAAUUAAGCAUAACUUAUCAUUACCGCUGCUCUAGCCACCCCAGCAACCACAGCUUGCCCGCCCUCCCUUACAAUUGCAACCGAUACGUCGCAACCUCAAACGCCCUCAACUCAAUAUCCACCUCCGCCGCACCAGUCUUCUGCACCACUGCCAACUGCUCCAAAUCGUCCUCGAGCACAUUACACUUCCACACCUUCUUAACAGGCAACUUGGUCGUGAUGGAGCCGCGGCUCUUCCCGCCGAGUGACUCAUAGAUGCGCAGGAUAAUGCUGCGCCCGGGACGCGGCUUGAAAUCGCCGCGGGAGACAUCUUCGUCAUCCUCGCCACGCUUGAUGGUGUCGAGGAUUAGAGACGAAGAGCCCUUGAGAGAAAAGGCAUCGAAAAGCUGGGAGGCCUCUGUGCCAGAUGCUGGUUGAACGACUAAUGGAUUGUUGAAAUUGUAUCCUGCACGGACGGUACGGGCGUCCAACGGUCCUUUGUGCGGCAUGAUUGCGUAACGUAUAUGGUGUCGGCCCAUGUCCGCGUUGGCAUCGGGAGCUUUAGGGGCACGGAGCAGAGACAGGCGCAUCAAGUUGCCGCAUGUCGCGAAUCCGUACUUGGAGUCAUUGAGGAUUGAGACGCCGUAGCCCGCCUCAGACAGAUCAGCCCAUUUGUGGCAGCACACUUCAAACUUGGCCAUGUCCCAACUAGAGGAGGACUCCCAUUAGUAACUGGAUGGACUGCUACUUCUGGAGAAGGGGCAAACACAUACCUGGUGUUAUAGUGUGUUGGUCUUCUGGUUAUUCCAUAUUGUGAUUCAUACGACGCUUCAGUGUUCACGAUAUCAACGGGAAAUUCGACUUUCAGGAACUUCAUGGUUUCUUGCCAUUCGACUUCACUGGUCAUCUCGACGAGAGGAGUCGAAUCGCCAGUAGUGGCGGUCAGGCUAAUUGUUGAUUUCACCCAACUCUUGUCGCUAAUUUUAGUUUCUGUUACAACACUAACACGAUGAGGACUGUUCUCCGCGAUUUUCGUUGUCUCAGACUUUAGUUCCUUCCGGGAUUCGAGAUGAUAGACUUCAACAUCCCAAGCUUGCCAGUAAAGAGGUUUGUCGUCGAAGAUCACGAGUUGGUUAGCCUUCCCGCCCUUUGCGAUAACCUCUCUUUUCUCCUCUAAAUCAACGAGAGAGGUAAUUACCCCAUUAGACACCUCCAGGGACAAUUUGGAGUUCGAGAGCCUGAAGACUCCUGGUUUCACCUCCUUCAGGGAAACAGAUGGUGACCGGACCGACCCAAGGGGCUGAAUAGCAAUUACCCCCAUACCGCCUUUAGCGAGUGCAUACUGCGGUUUUCCCGAGGCAGUGCUCGCAUCGUCAACUCGUACAAUCUCUGAACGAGGCCAAGGAAGGCUGUUGAUGGCCACAAGUCCACGGUCCGCUCUACUUUCUUGAGAGCUAAACCCAAGAACCUUCAACGCCUCUUUUCUUAACCUUGACCCCGUUGCAAAUACCUUUGCAUACUCUUUAUCAGAGUCAUCGUAACACAUCUCAAUCGAGCUUCCGGGAAGACAGUCGUGGAACUGGCAGAGCAGAACGCUCUCCCACAUAUCGUCAAUGUCUUUCUUGGGGUAUUUAUAGUUGGGGUCUUUGAGGGUAGCUAGGGUGGCAAGCAACUCUACGUCACGCAGAACAAACUCCGAUUUGCGAUUGUACAAUUUAUUAUUGGCCUGAGUCGUGUAUGUUCCUCGGUGGAGCUCGAAGUAGAGCUCUCCGUACCAAGUGACAAACUCCGUUCCAUUGGCAGCCUUUUCCUCAAGUUUUGCAAAGAAAUCAUCAACGGUGGAACCCAUUGUAACACGGGGAAGUAGUUCGCCCUUAUCACUCAUACCUCGGAGUCUCCGCAGCUUCUCGAGAUGUUCAAAAGUCGGUCCUCCGCCGCCAUCACCCUUGCCAAACACAAGAAGAGAGGUGUUAUCUUGAUCCAUCGAUUUGUGCUGGGUGACACUUCGACGGACGUCUCCAAAGUGGGCACUGGCCGUGUACGUCUCUGCUGGAGUCAUAUGGCAAAGAACUUGGCUGCCAUCCAAGGCAACCCAGUUGAAAGUCGUAUGGGGGAAAUUGUUGAUGUUGUUCCAGCUAAGUUUUUGAGUGAAGAAGCGACUCAUCCCAGCCAACCGACAUAGUUGAGGAAUCUGGGAUGAGUAUCCAAAGGUAUCUGGCAGCCAAAAGGUGGUGCAGCGUUCGCCAAAAUGGCUUUCAAAAUAUCGCUGGCCAUAGACGAACUGGCGGACCAAGGACUCUCCGCUUGGCAUGUUGGUAUCAUGCUCUACCCAGCUUCCACCAAUGGGGAUGAAGCUCCCCUUCUUCACACAUGACUUGACACGGUCAAAGGCAUAGGGAUAGUCCUGCUCUAGCCAUUUGAACUGCUGGGCCUGAGAACAGACAAAACGCAAUUCGGGGUAGCGUUCCAUCAAAUCGCACUGGGUAGACCAGGACCUGGCCACUUUACGUCUUGUCUCCGCCCAGGGCCACAACCAACAAGAAUCUAUAUGGCAAUGGCCAAUACCAUAAACAAUUGGCUGUUUAUCAGUUUUAUAGACGGCGUCAGAAUCCACCAAGUUGCCCAGGUAUUGCUGUGCAAUUUGGCGGCCCUUAAUAAUCGAUUCCUGGCUGCCAUUGCCUUCGAUAAAGGCAUCCAUUAUGGCAUUUGCAACUUGCUGGGCCUCGUGGGAGUGCCAUGAAUCCGAAGGGAAUUCCCGUGCGGCGUCUUGAAAACUUCAAAUCAGUAACAAUUUCCUUCGCGGAUUUGUAAAUAAGUGCUAAUGUAUGCAUACCUCCAAUCAUCCAGAAAUCAUAGUAGAGCGCCCUAGCUUGUAAGUUUACAGCUGUAAUCCUCGCCACAUUAAGUCGAUAAUAUUUGUUUGGGUUGGGAGGUUGGAUGGAGUCGCCGCCGGGGGCAUUGCCAAACAUUCCAUUGCAGGCCAUUUCAAUAUAGAAGAUGUGCUCUUUUCCAUCCCUGAAGCUGUCGGGCAAAAUCCAUUCAAUUCUCUCACCACCACCUGUCAGGCCCUGCAAUGGUUUCCCGUCUUCCGUCCAAACCAUCCCCUCAUUGUUUGCAUCCCAGUGGAACUCAAGUCGCUCCUUUUUGCGCAUAUCCUCCGGUACCGUGAGUUGGAUCUUGAACCAAUGAGUUGACCAGCUGGGGCCAAAGGACUCUCCUCUUCUAGUAGGCCUGAAUUGGUUGGAGGUGGCAUCCUUGAAGCUAGGUCUGGCUAGGUCUGGCACCGAGUAAACGGAGAGCUUGACAUGCUGCUCAUCGUCGUUUGUGGCUUCAUAGUAUUUCCUACAGACCAGAAAUGAAUAUACAAAAAAAAAUCAUUAAUUACUGCAAGUUAAUGAACAUAGGCACACAUGUCGUCCAGGGAUUAAAGGGAUCUAUCUAUAUAUCUAAACAAAGGGAGAGGGGGGAUUGGGAAGGAUCGUAC